AUGACGAAUGUAGCCGAGGAAAUAACGAAAGCGCUGGCAAAAGUGCCCUUGGGGAAAACUUUUGCGGGGCGCUUGGAGCACGCCGCAGGGCUGUAUUCAGCCGCAAUAAACUUCAAGCCUUCGGCCACGCUAUACACAAAUCGAGCUACCGCCAACUAUCAAAUCGGUUACUACGGAAAAGCCAUCGAGGACUGCAACCUCGCUUUGAGUCUCGACAAGGCCUACUUGAAGGCUUUUUAUCGGCGAGCAUCUGCCUACAUGGCACUGGGUAAAUACAAAAAGGCGCUCAAGGACCUGGAAACUGUGAUAAAGACGCGGCCUAAGGACACGGACGCAGCCGCCAAGCACACUGAGUGCUCCCGUAUCGUAAAACGACAAGCAUUUGAAGCGGCGAUCAGCACGGAUGAGCACAAGGUCGACUUCGACGUAAUCGGCUACGAGUCUAUCCUUGUCGACGCAAAGUAUCAAGGCCCUCGUUGGGAAGGUGAUCUCACCGCCGAUUUUGUGACGGAAAUGACGAACCAUUUCAAGAAGCAACAAGCGCUGCACAAAAAAUAUGCUUACAAGAUACUUUUCCAUAUUUACGAGUUCCUCAAGACGCAACCAACGCUACUCGAUAUUAAAGUUGCCGACGGCGAUAAGUUUACGAUCUGCGGCGACAUUCACGGGCAGUUCUAUGAUCUAUUGAACAUUUUUGAGAUUAAUGGACUUCCCAGCGAGGAGAAUCCUUACUUAUUCAAUGGUGAUUUCGUUGAUCGUGGCGCCUUCUCGGUCGAGACGAUUUUCACGCUCUUUGCGUACAAGCUCCUCUACCCGAAUCACUUCUACUUGUCUCGUGGUAACCACGAGAGUGAUACGAUGAACAAGAUGUACGGCUUCGAAGGUGAGGUGAAGUACAAGUUGUCAGAGGAUGUGGCCAGCAUCUUCUCCAGGGUGUUUUGCCAUCUUCCGUUGUGUCAUCUUAUCAACGAGAAAGUCUUUGUCUGUCACGGAGGGCUCUUCAACCAAGACGGAGUCACGUUGGACGACAUCCGUAAUACUGAUCGAGUCCGCCAGCCGCCUGAUGAGGGUAUUAUGUGUGACUUGCUUUGGUCGGAUCCACAGCCGCACCGUGGUCGCAACCCGUCGAGGCGAGGUCUCGGAUGUCAGUUCGGCCCCGACAUCAGCCAGCGAUUUUGUCGCGAAAAUAGCCUCCGUUACAUAGUGCGCUCCCACGAGCUCAAGCCGACAGGCUACCAGAAACAGCACAGCGGCUGGUUGCACACCAUAUUCUCGGCGCCGAACUACUGCGGAACGAACAAUCAGGGCGCCUUCCUGACGCUGCAAGCUCCAAAUCUGACCCCCACGCCACCUCCUUCUCCGCGGUCCCACAUCCUGAUGUUCCCCCGAUUACAUAUGGCACCUCUU